CCGCCCGUGCCUAUACUUCUAUAGAGUAAUUCUCAUUCUUGUAUAAAAUGACUACUAUUAAUUAUUACUACUGUAUGUAUAAACGUAUCCUGGUAUCGGUGUUUUUGGAAAAUUCCUGUAUGGCGGUAUCGCAGAGUCCGGAUCCAUGCAACCUAGGUUCCGUGUCCUUUUGACGCUUUCUUCUAAUAUGAAAUGACGGGAAAUAAAUGUUUUCUUAGAUGUGUAGGCAUAUUUUUCUUAUUUCCUUCAUGUGCUGUCAUGAAUUCUAUGCAAGGUAAGGCAAAUUGGGAUGCAUAACACGAUCGUGAAGUCACAAUUGAAAGGUAUAAAACCCCUGGGGAAAGUUCUUUCAAAAACUGGAAAAACGACGAUGUAGCAAUUUGAAAGCAAAUGAGACUUAUUGAAGAAAGAAUAUACGUAACUGAUGAAGUUAAAAAGUGCUGCAACUAGGCUUGGGCAGGAUGAUCAGUUUGAAACUAUUGAAGCUGAUGUUGCAACUAGGUUCAUCUUGAAAAUCAUCCAUCCACAAUCAGUGACAUGCAUGUAUAAACAACUACUGCACUGUCACACAUUGACCUCAACAAUUUAACAAAUUUCUAAAUGAUCGAAGAAGAGUUGCCGGAUUGUUGCUGAGUGUUUCUCUUUCCAUCCCUUUGGCAUUCUGGUUAAAAGGAGGAAGUUCUGUUUUGUUAUGCCACUGCACUGGACAGGGAAUGGAAGGCGUGUUGAAAUACCUUAGUGGAGUGCCUUUGCCAUUUCCAAUCCUCGUUGUGUCCGAUGUUGGUGAGGAUGAGACUUACCAUGAGUGCAAAAUUGCUCAACAGCUUCUGCCUGAGGGGGCUCUUAGGACAGCGAAGAAACACAAUUGAUUUAUAUGGAAAAUCACAAGCAUGGUUCUCUACAGUUUCUUUUUCUGAUGUCGGUGAGAAGAAUGACAUGGGUGGCAAUGCAGAUGAUGAUUUUGCAGGUUCGAAGAGAGAGGUUGAAUUCCGUGGUGUCCACCGGGCAAUUAUUUGUGGCAAUGUUGGACAAGUGCCUGUGCAGAAAAUAUUAAGGAAUGGGCAUACAGUAACUGUAUUUACUGUCGGGACAGGUGGCAUGUUUGACCAGAGGAGAGUUGGUGCCGAAAACUUGCCGGUGCCAGCUCAGUGGCAUCGAAUAGCUGUUCACAAUGAGCAUCUUGGUACAUAUGCUGUUCAAAAGUUGGUCAAGAAUGCAGCAGUAUAUGUUGAGGGUGAUAUCGAGACUAGAGUCUACAAUGACAGAAUCAAUAAUCAAUUGAAGAAUAUACCUGAGAUCUGUGUUCGACGUGAUGGCAAGAUUCACUUGGUUCAAUCUGGGGACAGUGAUGUCAGCAAAUCAUUAGAAGAGAGAAGGACUAUUCUAGUUGCAAUCCGAGGUACGACGGGUGACAGAAGGAAGAGUUGGACAAUUGAAGUGUUAUACUCGAGGCAAAUUUAUACAAGUGUUUUUAUCUGUUUCCUGAGUAAUCUUAGGAUCAAAGGCUCGAAUGUUGGCACAGAUGCAAGCGGUGCGCUUCCUUCCGUCUUUUUUGAGACUUUGGAUGCUCUUUUGGACGUUGAAAUCGACUGCCCUGAGAUCAAUGAGAUAAACUCUCUCCUCCUAUUUAAGAUGCUUUAUUCAUGACACAUUCUGCUCGUCGUAUGUUUCUGUGGAACUUGUUA